CGAAGAAAUCAACGCCGCACCCCGUCGUCUCCUUUCCUAUCCUCACCUCUUGGUCAAGAAUCAGAUACAACCCAUACAUCUGAGGCGCUCGCCAUGGCCAGCAGCGCCCACGCAAAGGCACCACCCCCGCCUGCGCUCGACUACGACGACUCUGACACCGACUCCGAGUCGGACGAGGAUGACGAUACAGUCACCAACGUUCAGCUGGGUCUGGCAGACGGUGCACUAGAAGGCGACGAUGAGCUCAACCCCCUGGUGUCGAGGAUAGGAGGUCGAGUGGCUUGGCUCCCCACGCAAGCAACACCUCCAGCAAACGUGACCUCUUGCUCUCACUGUGGACUGGCAAUGGAACUCUUGGUCCAGAUCUUUGCUCCCCUGGAAGGUUCCCCAUACGAUCGCACACUGCUAGUCUGGGGAUGUGCAAGGCCAGCCUGUCAGCGGAAAGGUGCAGGAAGCGUGCGAGUCGUUCGUCAGCUUCAAUUCAACCAGCGCUGGGCCGCUAAACUUGAGAAGCAGAAGGCCCGUCAAGAGGCUCGAGAGGCCAGGAAGAGGGAAAAGGCAGAGCAAGAGCGUGCACGACGCGCCGAAGAAGAAUCAAGGAGGAAGAUCAAUCCCUUCUCAAGCAACAGCACAGCAGCUAGCUCCGGAGCAAGUGGCAAUCUCUUUGGCGGUGCUUUCGGUGCUCCUGGUGCUAAUACAAACCCCUUCAGCAAGCCAGUCGAGCCAGUUGCUCAAGCCGCUCAGGCGAAUGUCGAAGGCGAUGAAUCAGAGACGUCGGAAGACGAAGACGAGGACGAGGAUGAGCGUAUGGAGGAAGAGGCAGCUAUGAAGGCUGCUCUCCAGGAAACGUCUGCGAAUGAUCCUUGGGCAUCUUCAGCUUCGUCGUACCGGCCAGCAUACUACCUAAAUACAGUCCCUGAAGCUUCUUCUUCUGCAAGGGCAGGGGAGAAAGCUCAAAAGGCCAAGCUCACCAAGUCCGAAGCUGCUGCCCUCAAGUCCGCUGGAGGUGGUACAGCGCCCGACGCGACUGCCGAGGAGCUCAAAGGCCUCGAGAAGGAGGGCUACGAGAAACUGAUGGCCGUCGGUAUGGAUGACGUUCUCGAGAAGUUCAUUGCGCGGGUAGGCGCAGAGGGCAGGCAGGUCGUCAGGUACGAGAUGGGUGGUCAGCCUCUCUCUUUCAGCGCACAAGGAGAUCUCUACAAGAUGCUUUGGCCCAAGAAGUCCUCGGCACGGCCGUCUUACGAUGCUUCCAAGGUGCCCAAUUGCGAAGUCUGUGGUAGCAAGAGGACCUUUGAAGCACAGCUGAUGCCCAAUCUCGUCAAUACGCUUCGUCCGGAGAAGAUCGAAGGCGAAGAGUCUUUGGCAGACGCGAUGAGUCAAGCGGCUCUCGAUCGAGAGACACAACGACGUCAGGAACUGUCUGCUGCCCUUGGAAAGCAAUUGCAGCCCCAGCCCGGUGCCGAUGGAAUCACCCGUACCUCUGCGGAUGAUCUCGAGGCUCUGAAGCGCAAGACGGGACUGUGCUGGUCAACAGUCAUGAUCUUUGUCUGUGAAAAGGACUGCUGCAUUCCUCGUGGCGGGGCAGAUGGGACCAAGGAGGGGGAGACUUGGAGGGAGGAGUGGGUCGGGAUGCAAUUCGAGGACUGAACACUUGCAAAGCCCCAGAGCAUCCACUGAGCGCAUAUACACACCUACAUUGUAACAUUGUACCACCACCCAUCAAUUUCGUGUCUUGUACCUUCCAUACCCUAUUCUUGCUCUUGCUGCAACUCAAUGCAAAUUGUAAACGAUCCACACACCAGUACAAGGAUGACUAUGAUACAGAUUGCGAUUCUCUCCCUAUGUGAUUCGCCGCCCUGCCCCCUGCACCUUUCACGCUCUCUUGACCUCAACCACCUUCGUCUCUCCAAUCUCAACAUUCUCCACUUCCC